UCGAUGAGGGCGCGCGGACCGCAUUCCUCCUCAUUCAUGCCGUGCUGAGACUCUUCACACUCGGAAAGUGCAAGGGGAGCUUUACACACUGCUGCCGAGAAAAUGUACACAAGUUUGAGAUUUUACGCAUGGCGAGGAUAAUAAACCAAGGCGUAAAGAGCACAAGGCUAGCGGCCAUGGCGCUGCAGAUGAUGGUGUAGACGACAGCACCGUGCCGAGAGAGAGAGAGAGAGAGAGAGAGAGCAGAGAGGACACUGGGUUAAUAAGUCGCUCUCCUCACUGUAGACUGACAGACGCUGUCCAGGUUUUUUCCGGGCCCAGGAUCACAAAGGUGAACGGAUCACCUGGCCUACCGCUUCCUCUCAGAAAGAUAUUCAAAAUGCUGCCGUAUGGGAGGAGGCCCCUUCCCGCCUCUCUUCGUGAGGCAUUCCUCCUCCUUUUCUUCCUCUCAUUUCUCCCUCAACUUGGGGGGCUCGAGGUUAACCUCUCUUCCUUCCGGACCUUUACCCCACCAGAGGGAGGGCUUACGCAUUUGGUUGUCCAUAACAAAACGGGUGAAGUCUAUGUCGGUGCUGUCAAUUGGAUCUACAAGCUCUCCAGCAAUCUGACCAAGCUCCGAAGCCAUGUUACCGGUCCUGUGGUGGAUAAUGAGAAAUGUUACCCACCACCUGGUGUUCAGUCUUGCCCUCAUGAGCUGUCACAGACUAGCAAUGUCAACAAGCUGUUGCUUCUGGAUUCAGGACAGAACAGGCUCAUUGCGUGUGGAAGCACCUCACAGGGUAUAUGCCAGUUCCUCCGACUGGAUGACCUCUUCAAACUUGGAGAGCCGCAUCAUCGCAAGGAGCACUACCUUUCAAGUGUGUCCGAGGCAGGCACUAUGUCAGGAGUGGUUAUUAGUGGAACCCAAGGUGAAGACAGCGGCAAAUUGUUUGUAGGUACACCCAUCGAAGGAAAAUCUGAGUACUUCCCAACUCUCUCAAGUCGUAAGCUGAUGGCUAAUGAGGAGAAUGCUGAAAUGUUCAGCUUUGUCUACCAGGAUGAGUUUGUCUCCUCACAACUCAAGAUUCCAUCUGACACCCUUUCCAAGUUCCCUGCUUUUGACAUCUACUACGUCUAUGGCUUCAGCAGCGAGCAGUUCAUCUACUACCUAACUCUUCAGCUGGACACCCAACUCACUUCGCCGGAUGCCAGUGGUGAGCAGUUCUUCACCUCCAAGAUUGUCCGUCUCUGUGUGGAUGACCCCAAGUUCUACUCCUACGUGGAGUUCCCUAUCGGCUGUACCAAGGAUGGUGUGGAAUACCGAUUGGUUCAAGACGCCUACCUCAGUCGGCCCGGUACCAAGCUGGCACGAUCAUUGGGUAUCUCUGAACAGGAAGAGGUACUGUUUACCGUUUUUGCUCAGGGCCAAAAGAACCGGGCCAAGCCACCGAAAGAAUCAGCCCUGUGCCUGUUCACACUGAGAAAAAUCAAGGAAAAGAUUAAGGAGCGGAUCCAAUCCUGCUACCGGGGUGAAGGAAAACUAUCCCUGCCCUGGCUGCUCAACAAGGAACUGAACUGCAUCAACUCGCCUCUCCAGAUAGAUGACAACUUUUGUGGCCAGGACUUCAACCAGCCUCUAGGGGGCACCACUACGAUUGAAGGGAUUCCUUUAUUCCUGGACAAAGACGAUGGGAUGACGUCCGUGGCGGCGUACGAUUAUCGAGGCCACACCGUAGCCUUCACCGGCACCCGUAGUGGCAGGAUGAAGAAGAUCUUGGUGAACUCCAUUACCCAGCCUGCACUGCUGUAUGAGAACGUGGUGGUGAGCGAAGGGAACCAAAUUUUGAGGGACAUGCUGUUCAGCCCUGACCAUCAAUACAUCUACACACUCACAGAUAAAGAGGUGAGCCGGGUGCCGGUGGAGAGCUGUGAGCAGUACAGCAGCUGUAGCGAGUGUCUGGCUUCUGGUGAUCCCCACUGCGGCUGGUGUGUCCUGCACAGCGUAUGUUCACGUAAGGACCGCUGUGAGCGAGCUGAUGAGCCGCAGCGUUUUGCCUCCAGACUGGAGCAGUGCGUCCGACUCACGGUGCAGCCCAACAACAUUUCAGUCACCAUGUCUGAAGUUCAGCUGGUUCUUCAGGCUCAGAACGUCCCCAGUCUGUCUGCGGGCGUUAACUGCUCAUUUGAGGACUAUACUGAGACGGAGGGACACAUCAUGGGGGGACGCAUAUACUGUCUGUCCCCCUCCGCAAGAGAGAUCGCUCCCAUAACACGCAACCAGGGUGACAAGCGGGUGGUGAAGCUCUAUCUGAAAUCCAAGGAGACGGGGAAGAAGUUUGCCAGUGUGGAUUUUGUCUUCUACAACUGCAGUGUCCAUCAGUCGUGUCUCUCCUGUGUGAACGGCUCCUUUCCUUGCCACUGGUGCAAAUAUCGACACAUGUGCACCCACAAUGCCAACGACUGCUCCUUCCAGGAGGGCCGCGUCAACAUGUCUGAGGAGUGUCCCCAGAUCCUGCCGUCCACUCAGAUCUACAUCCCUGUUGGUGUGAUGAAGCCCAUCACUUUGUUGGCCCGGAAUCUUCCACAGCCUCAGUCUGGGCAGAGGAACUACGAGUGCAUCUUCUAUAUUCAGGGGAAGGAGUACAGUGUCACUGCGUUGCGUUUCAACAGCACCAGCAUACAGUGUCAGAAGACCAUGUAUGACUAUGAAGGAAAUGACAUCAGCGAUCUGCCGGUGGAUCUCUCAGUUGUGUGGAAUGGAGAUUUUGUCAUUGACAACCCCUACAAUAUCCAAGCGCACCUGUACAAGUGUUACGCCAUGCGGGACAGCUGUGGGAUGUGUUUGAAAGCGGAUCCCCGGUUCGACUGCGGCUGGUGCGUGCAGGAGAAGAAGUGUUCGCUGAGACAGGAGUGUGCUCCUCCAGAGAGCAUCUGGAUGCACCCCAGCGCAGGAAACAGUCGCUGCGCGCACCCCAAAAUCAACAAGCUGUUACCUGAGACUGGACCACGGCAAGGUGGAACCAGACUCACCAUCACCGGAGAGAACCUGGGUCUACAGUUUAGAGACAUUAUGACAGGUGUUCGUCUGGGAAAAGUACCCUGCGUUCCUAUUGAAGAGGAAUAUGUUAGUGCAGAAAGGAUUGUGUGUCUGCUGAACGACGCCACAGGAUACCGCGUACAGGAAGCCCAGGUGGAGUGUGCGUUAGAGACUGUCUGGCUGACUACAGAGCCCUCUCACCCAGGGCUUUCACCUUUGUGACGCCGUACUUCACACGUGUUCAGCCCGUUCAAGGACCUCUUUCAGG